AUGGCACUGUUCAAGUCACGGAACAGUAGGAGAUCAUCUUCAUCUCCAUCUUACGUAUCCACCUUAACAAUAUUGGUUUUCAUUGGACUAUGCAUCUUUGGCGUUUGGAUGCUCAGCUCCAACUCCGUCGUCUCCCCUGAUGACGAAACUUCCACCCGCACCGCCAUUGAUACUACCGACACCGAAACUGUCGCCGAUGACAUCGCUGAUGACACAAUAACAGAGGACAAAAAGGACAAGAGAGAUACUGUAACUCCGGUUUUUGGUGACAACCCCGGCCAUCUCCCUGAGGAUGCCAUCAAGUCCGGCGACCACAAACACGAUGGACAAAGCCAACAGCACACUGCUGCCAUUACUGACUCUCAGAUAUCCGAGGAAAGCUCCAUAACGCAAAAGGAACAAGCUGCAUCUGUAGUAAGUGAGGUAGCUUCAGAACAUGCUACCACGAAUGUGGAAGAGGUAACUAGCAAGGCCCUAGAUGUUAAAAUGGAGGAGGAGGAAGCAAAUCGAGAGCAGUUGAAGGAAGAGAAGGGAGAGAUGGGAAAGACGAGAGAGACAGAUGGAGAGAAAGCAUGGUCGACGCAGGCAGAUGAGUCGAAGAGGCAGAAGGGAGAGUCAAAGGGCGGAGAGGGUAGCGAAGAUCAGCUGACGUGGCAAGUGUGCAACACGACGGCAGGUGCGGACUACAUACCGUGUUUGGAUAACGAGAAGGCCAUAAAGAGACUCCGCAGCACCAAGCACUUUGAGCACAGGGAAAGGCAUUGCCCUGAGGAUGCACCUACUUGCCUUGUUCCUCUUCCCCAAGGUUACAAGAAACCCGUGGAAUGGCCUCACAGCAGGGAAAAGAUAUGGUACCACAACGUGCCACACGUAAAGCUAGCACAGGUGAAGGGGCACCAGAAUUGGGUGAAGGUGUCGGGUGAAUACUUAACAUUCCCUGGAGGUGGAACCCAGUUCAUUCAUGGAGCCCUCCACUACAUUGAUUUUCUUCAGCAGGCUGAAGCUGGGAUUGGAUGGGGGAAGCAUACUCGGGUGAUAUUGGAUGUUGGAUGUGGGGUUGGAAGUUUUGGAGGAUACUUGUUCGAAAGAGAUGUUAUUGCCAUGUCUUUGGCGCCAAAAGACGAACAUGAAGCGCAAGUUCAGUUCGCCCUCGAGCGAGGGAUACCCGCCAUAUCUGCUGUCAUGGGUUCUCAGAGGCUCCCAUUCCCUAGCCGUGCCUUUGAUCUCCUGCAUUGUGCGCGUUGUCGUGUACCUUGGCAUGCUGACGGUGGUAUGUUGCUCUUGGAAUUGAAUCGACUUCUGCGCCCAGGGGGUUAUUUCGUGUGGUCUGCUACUCCUGUAUACCAGAAGCUACCAGAAGAUGUUCACAUAUGGGAGGAAAUGACUGCACUCACAAAGACCAUGUGCUGGGAACUUGUCACUAUCAACAAGGAUGAACUAAACCGUGUUGGUGCUGCCUUUUUUCGCAAACCAACUUCAAAUCAAUGCUACGAGCAAAGAGAACAGAACCAACCUCCCUUGUGCAAGGAUGAUGAUGAUCCGAAUGCUGCUUGGUAUGUACCUCUACAGGCUUGUAUGCACAAGGUGCCUGUUAACAAGGCUGAGAGAGGAGCCAAAUGGCCAGAAGCUUGGCCUGCUCGGUUGCACAAAACCCCAUAUUGGCUAAACGAUUCACAGACGGGGAUCUAUGGAAAACCGGCUUCUCAAGAUUUUGCAGCGGACAAUGAUCGCUGGAAGAAUGUUGUGGAUGAGCUGAGUAAUGCUGGUAUAACUUGGUCUGGCGUGAGAAACAUCAUGGACAUGCGAGCUGUUUAUGGGGGAUUUGCAGCAGCUUUGAAAGAUCUCCCUGUUUGGGUAUUCAAUGUGGUGAACGUAGAUGCACCAGACACACUUCCUAUCAUCUAUGAGAGGGGUCUGUUUGGGAUAUACCAUGACUGGUGUGAAUCCUUUAGCACCUAUCCACGAACUUAUGAUAUUUUGCAUGCAGAUCAUCUUUUCUCAAAGCUUAAGGAGAGGUGCAAACUUGUUCCUGUCAUGGCAGAGGUUGAUAGAAUACUCAGACCGGAGGGUAAAUUGAUUGUUCGUGAUGAAGCUAGCACCAUUGGAGAAAUAGAGGCUUUGUUAAAAUCCCUGCAGUGGGAAAUAACCGUCUCCAAAAAACAAGAGGGUUUUCUCUGUGCAAAGAAAGGCCAUUGGAGACCCGACAGUAUAGCUUCGUCCUGAUGAGAGGAGAGAAUUCAAAUACAUUUUAAUUUUAAGAUUUGUUGGUAGACAAAGCUGUACCAUGGCAUUGUCAUGUGUUUGGAAUCUCAUAUUCUUAAGUGUCCAGAAAAAGUAUAAUUGCUCAUGGUAGCACAUAACAUACGACAGUGUUGUGACAUACACCUAUAGGCAAAUUUAGACUUCUUUAGGUCAAUAUAGACUGUCUUGUAAUUCUGUUCUAUGCAAACAUCCGAUACAGCUAAUUCCAACUAUGUUGAUUAUUUUGUAGCAGAACCAUUCGUCCAAUGCGUGUGCCAUAUUUGAAUCUGAAAGCCUUUUCUUU